UCCUGCUUGACAUAAAGCCGAGUUACAGUGGCUAGAAAAACGCGAAAUUGCACAUUGCGAAAAGUGUAUAUAUAAUUUGUGAAAAGUUUCGCGAACCGAGAGCCGACCGCUAAUGAUGUGCUCAUCCCAAUUGCGAUGAAAGGCAGCUAAUUUCGGCAAUAGACGCGCUCGCUUAACACACUCGUGCCGAAAAGGUCGGGUCCCGCGGCAGCCACUUAGUUUACAAAUAAAUAGAAAAUAAAAAGGCGGCGCCUAAGCCGAGGCCAGUGCAACGCCGGAAGUUAAUGCAAGUGCAAUUCAUGUCUAUAUAAACAGGCGAACAACGACCGUCUAGAACUAAAAAGCAAUUGAAAUGGAAGAGAUAUCCAGCCUAGACUCGUUCGGCGCGGACUCCAACGCACGCCCUGAGUCGGCCACCCCCCGGACGGAGGAGGAGCAGGAACAGCCGCCAGCGGCAGUAGAAACUCAAGACACGCCAGCCUCGCCACCGGCGGAGGAUGCACCUGCCCAGGACAGUGAAGUGCCGCCCGAGGACUCCGGUAAGGAGCCCGAAGACGAGUUUGAACAGAUAUCGGAGGGCUCUUUGGACGCCGAUGAAAACCAGUCGCAGGAAAAGCAGGAUACACCUCAACGAGAUCCUGUGGAGGGCGAAGCAGAGGCAGACGCCGAAGCAGAUGCGGAGGGUGAGGAGCCAUUAGCCGCCGAGGGUGAACAUCAGACAGAAGCGGUUAGCGUUGAUCCUCAGGAAGAACAGGAGGACGCUGAGGAAGAGACAGAUGCCCUAAAAGCCACCGAGGAAGAGGAGGAAGCUGCAGCUGCUGCCGCCGAUGCUGAUACCGAUGCAGUGGAUGGGGGUCCGGGAUCUAAUGAAGCCAUGGAUGUGGACGAUGCUGAAGGUGAUGCCGAAGCAGAAGGCGAAGGCGAUGCUGACGGAGAAGCCCCGGAAGAGGAAGCAGAGGAGGCAUCACACGAGCCAGAGGCUGCGGAUGAUGUGGAAAUGCGCUCUGUGGGCGGGGACUCACACCAUGCGGACGAUACAGAGCCCCCCGAGGGCCGGGACGAGGUGGAUACCAGCCUGGAGGAUCGGGAAACCGGGGCCGAUCAAGAAGAGGCGGAAAAAGAUGCGACCGCCGAAGAUGAUGACAUCGCGGAUGCGGAUGCUGACGCGGAAUCUGAGCAAAUUGAAGAAGCAGCCGAGGAAGGCGGAGAAGCUGAGCACGGCGAUGGAACUGUUGAGAACGUGCUAGAGCCCGAGGAGUCGGAUGUUUGCCUCAUUCCCGACGAUCCCGAGACUGAGGUGACGGAAGCGGAAAAGGAACAGGCCCGCGAGAACGCAGAGAAGGCCGCCGAGGAAGAGGAAGCUGAAGAGCGUCAGCCCAAAACACCCGACAACGUUGCAAAAUCCACGGGAGACGGAUCUGCAGAUCCAGAAGAUGAGAGUACGCCUGCAGCUCUGGAUCGACCCACCGAUGAAUCCCCGUCUACACCUACUGAUGUUCAAGCUGCAGCUAAGGAGGCGGCGGCAUCAGAGAGUGCCGAAGAUGAUGGAAACGAAGCAGCGGGCAAUGAUGAGGAGGCCGCCGGCGAUGCUCCCGACGCAGACGAACCCACAGCCGAGGAGACCGAGGCAGCAUGCGACGCAGGUGGCGAGCCUGGAGCAGUGGCAAAGAUCAUAAUCAGCUGGAUUGUGGGAAGUGUGGAGAAGUGCAAACAGUGCGGCAACGAGAAGAACUGCGGCUUCCGGUACAAGCGAUCCGACGAAUCAGAAUCAGAUAAGGAUAAAGACAAGGAGAAGGAAGAAGGCGACAACGCAGAGGAGCCACCGCAGGAGCCGGCUCCCAGCGGGUUCGAAUACCUCUGCGACACCGCCUGCUGCAAUGCCCUAUUGGCCGAUCAGCCCGGCAAGUUCUUUGUGCGCCGCAAGAAGUUCCUUGUGGAAGAGGUGGUCCGAGAUGAGGGCGCCGAGCAGGAGGAGGAGCAGCAACAAGAAGGCCCCGAGGCCGAGGGCGAUGAGGGUACGACCCCCGCCAAAACAACGCAUGAAUGCCUGCAAUGCAAGGAGAAAACUCGUUGCAAGUAUUUCAUAAAACAGGACCAGGACUGCUUCUACAUCUGUAAUGACGACUGCUUUAACUUGCUCAACGCAGAAGAGCCCGACAAGUUCAAGCUUAAGCGCCAUUCGAUCCGAGUGCGCAACAUAGGCGCCACCACGCUCCAGCCGCCUCAAAACUCAUCUUCCGGCAAGCGGCCGGAGAGCAGUGUAGUGGCCAGGACGCUCGCCGAGGCGGAGACAGCGCGCUUGGACAGGAUCGAGAGCUUCCGGAGGCGUUGCGCCGACUGUGAGUCGGAGAUUAAUACCAACGAAAAGCAGCUCAUGUGGGAGACCAUGGACUUCUGCAACGAGGUAUGCCUGGGCAGCUACCAGCGCACAAUUGGCUCCAAUUGCGAGACCUGCAAGCAGGAGGUGAGCUCCACGGCUCUGGGCAAAUAUUGCGUGCGGUUUGGAUUCGAUGUGCGGCAGUUCUGUUGCGCCGCAUGCCUCAACACCUUCAAGAAGGGCCUCAAGACGUGCUCCUGCUGUCAGAAGGACAUCAGCGGCGGUCAGGAGGGCUUCCUGGCCCCAGUGGGCGAUAAGGAUCAGUUCAAGGACUUCUGCUCGCAGACGUGCCUUCGUCGCUACGACAGCAUGUGCAAUCCACGCCGAAAACUCCGCACGGACGUGUGCGGUGUCUGCAAUAACGAAAAACCUGUGCGUGUGGAGAUGCUGCUGGAGGACAGGGAACACUAUUUCUGCUCAAACCCCUGCUUCUCGGCCUUUAAGUUCGUGAGUAACGUGAACGCAGAUCCCUGCGGCAUGUGCUCCAAGUAUUUUGAGCGCCGCAGCGCUGAGGCAUACACUAUCUACAACGAGCAGCAGACGCCCAAGGUCUUCUGCUCGCGCGUCUGCAUCAACGUAUUCAUCAUCGUGAACCGCCAUAUCGUCUCGUGCCAAUGGUGCAAGGUGAAGAAGUACAACUUCGACAUGAUCUACCAAGUGGGCGGCCAGCAGGAUCAGGAGACGCUCACUUGCUCCAUCAACUGCCUGACCAUGCACGGUGUCAGUUGUAAUAUAUCGGCACGUGCGGUGACCAAGUGCGACAACUGCAGUAACUUCAAUACGCCGCAGUAUCACCUGACCAUGUCGGAUGCCUCGAUGCGCAACUUCUGCACCUACCAGUGCGUAAUGCAAUUCCAGAACCAGUUCGCCCGCGCUCCUCUCACACUGGACAGCGACCUGCCGCCCAGCAGCAGCAGCAGUGGUGCCGCCAGCAGUUCAAAGUCUCAGCUUAUGUCCGCGCGUGGUUCAAGAAAGGAUGCCGCCCCAUUCCCCACGGGUCUGCCCAAGCGCGUCAAGCUGAAACUCUCGCAUCAGGCUGGAAAGAAUGCCGGUUUGGGAGCCAAAAAGUCCGGAGGACCAAUGCUACCGGUAAUAUCUACCGUCCAGUCGCUGGCCAGCGGGGAAACCGAAGCUCGAAUUGGUAAUGUGACUGUGCGGCGCAAGCGUGGCCGUCCCCGGGAUUCGGGCACUUCACCGCCACCGCUACUCUCUAUUCCGGGGGGACACUCUUCAGCACCUCGGGGAAGGCCCCGCAAGCAUGUGGACUACAGCGCGCGCUCGCCGUCACCGAUACCAUUGGCCAGCCCGCACAGUAUCGCCGGCCGACGGAACACCACCACAACCAUGGAAUUUGGACCACCAACGGUGUCGGAGACAAAGAUCAUCACAGUGCCGCCAUACCCGAAGGCUGUGCGAAACGUCAACAUCAGCUGUAAGCCCAUGAUGGUGUCCACCGGCGAGCAGGUCACACCGUCCGUGCGUGACUGCGCCACACAAACGGAGAAGGACUAUUCGAACAAGGUGCUCAUCCCGGUGCCGGUGCCAAUCUUUGUGCCGCAGCCUAUGUACAUGUACUCGGCUCCGUUCCCAGUGCCCGUCCCCAUUCCGCUGCCCAUCCCGGUGCCCAUUUUUAUACCCACCACACGCAACACCUCGCAGGGCAUACUUAAGGAGAUCAAGAAGAUUCAGGACAAGAUGCCUGAGGAUCCUCUGGAGGCAGAGCUGCUUAUGAUGGCCGAAAUGGUGGCCGAAGAGAAGCACGACUCGGACUCCGAUUCGGACAAUGAGAUUAAGCCGGAUCCAGGCUUGGUAAGUCUGCAGUAUCAAAACAGUCUCGAGUCCGUUGCCCAGCAACAGCAGCAGCAGCAACAAGUGGUGGAUGUCAGUGGGUCUGGACACAAUCCCUACGGCGACGAUAUGCUACAGAUUGCCCUUAAAAUGGCCACGGGCGACUAUGACAACCACCACCAGACGUCGACGGUGGAUCUUGAAACUUCCAUGACGGCGAACACGAUCAGCAGCCAGUCUCCCAUGGGUCAUGAUGGCAUGGGUCAGAUGGUGCAUCAUUUGGAUCAGCAGCACCACAUGCUCGAUGCCACGAACAGAUCACCGCGUGGUCGUAAGCGAGGCGUUGGCUCUGUCCUUGAGUCGCCCAAUCGGAAUCGAUCGCCGGUUAAAAGGCAGCGGGGAAGCGAAAUGGAUCACACGGCCUUGCAGCAGCAGUCACAGCAGGCCCAGCAGCCGCAGGAGAAACCGGACGCCCAGAUGUUCCUCAAGUACACUUUCGGCGUGAAUGCUUGGAAGCAGUGGGUGAUGACCAAGAAUGCGGACAUUGAGAAGAGUUCGAUGCGCCGGCGGCCGUUCAAGACAGAACUCCUCCAGAUGACCGCCGACGAGCUGAACUACUCGCUGUGUCUGUUUGUCAAGGAGGUGCGGAAGCCCAAUGGCACGGAAUAUGCGCCGGAUACCAUAUAUUACCUAGUGUUGGGCAUUCAGCAAUAUCUUUAUGUAAAUGGACGCAUAGACAACAUAUUCUACGAUCCAUACUACGAGCGGUUUACAGAGUGCCUGGACGAUGUGGCACGCAAGUUCUCCGUGCUGUACAACGAUUCGCAAUACAUUGUCACUCGCGUAGAGGAGGAGCAUUUAUGGGAGUGCAAACAACUGGGCGCACACUCACCGCACGUGUUGCUCAGUACUCUUAUGUUCUUCAAUACAAAGCACUUUAAUUUGACGACUGUGGAGGAGCACAUGCAGUUAUCCUUCUCGCACAUUAUGAAGCACUGGAAGCGCUCGUCACAGAAUUCCAAAGUUCCUGGCUCACGAAACGUCCUCUUACGCUUCUAUCCACCGCAGGCGGGUCUGGAUGCCAAUCCACGAAAGAAGAAGGUGUACGAACAGCAGGAGAACGAGGAAAAUCCACUGCGUUGUCCCGUCCGGCUCUACGAAUUUUAUCUCUCAAAAUGCCCCGAGAGCGUGAAGACCCGAAACGAUGUAUUUUAUCUGCAACCGGAGCGAUCCUGUGUGCCCGACUCCCCCGUUUGGUACUCAACGCAGGCUCUGGGCCAGGACGCACUUCAGCGUAUGCUGCAUCGCGUUAAGAUGGUCAAGGAAAUCAACAUUGCGCUACUGACGACUUAAUGUUUAUUUAGUCAGUUAUGUAUCUUUGUGUAUGUGCAAGGCAUUGUCCUGCAAUGACACCCUGACACUCGGAGGAGGGCGAUUCUUCGGCUUGGUGCUUAGCACAAGUUUGUUUGCGGGCAAAACCAAAUAGGGCUAACCUAGAGCGAGAGUUGUGCUAUAUUAUAAAUUGUUUUUAACUUACUUUUACACCUAUUUUCGAUUUAUUUAACUGCGCUGCGAUAGCGAUGAACGGCAAGUGGAGAGUUGUAUAAAAAUUGUGAACGAUAUAACCAAGCCCAUCUCACUUUCGAUUGAAUUAAAAUAAAACUAGAAGCCGCAACAAUCCACACAACACACACACAAAACAAGACACACGCACAUGUAGACACCCUCAGACAUACAUCUUCAUUAGUUUAGGAUCGUAAGCCAGACUCCACACACACACACACAUCUUUAGUCAUUACUUAGAUUGUUUAGGCGAUAGGCAAUAAGGAGGAUGUGCCCCGACCCGACCCAAGCCGGACGAUACGUGCAUGUAUGUAUGUACAUAGAUCGACGACGACGGAUGACCACACAGUGAGUGUACAAUGAGAGUUGAACAUAGGAUACGACCCUUGACAAUUAGCAGCGCUCUUGUUGUAAGUGUUGAAAAAAAAAUGUAAAAUGCUGUACUCCUUAACUGCAAGAUCUACCAUAAGUGCGCAUGUAGCGUAUGAACGUGUACAUGUCUAUAUAUAAAUACAUACAUACUUUGAAUGAG